GUGCCACAGUUGUGCGAUUUUUGGUAGGAGUCAAGGGGGAGAUGAACACCAAUAUAAAUAUUCUUUAUUUUUGUGGGUCAGAUGUAACAAUAUCUCGCUUUUUCGCUCGCUAAUUGAGCUGGAUCAACAGUCAAUCAUGACAAUAUGAGUUGAGUGUGGAGUUAUUAAUUGAAUCGAAGGACAGGCGAAUUAAUUACGUUUCGAGAGGAUUAGCCGAGGUAUCGGUGAACCAACCUCUGAGUAUCUCUGGAGUAAAAUCAUGAAUCUCCAGACACUUUUCCAAGAUUUCAAUCCAAGUAAAUUUCUAGUGCACACAUGUCUCAUGAUAUUCACUAUUCUCUUCGCCCUUCGUCUGGAUGGGUACAUCGAGUGGAGCUACUGGUCCAUAUUCAGUCCAAUAUGGUUCUGGAAGAGCAUGGUGAUCCUGGGAGCUACCGUGGGAAGCUAUGUGUGGCUGAAACAUCCGCAUGCCAGACUCGAGGGCGAUGCUUAUGUACAUUACAAGGCCAUGCUGAUUACAUUGGCCUUACACCUCAUUCUACUCAUGUUCGAACUACUGGUGUGCGAUAAACUCGAGUCAGAGAGACAUCUUUGGAUACUUGUGUUCAUACCUUUGAUUUUUAUAUCAAUCGUCUCCAUUGCUGUCUGCAUUUGGGCAGUUAAACAUGAUCGCUCCUUUGAGCUGGAGCUCUUCUGCGCCGUGAAUGUUCUCCAAUUCAUCUUCCUCGCCCUUAGGCUGGACGGUUUCAUAGGCUGGAGCUGGGAGGUGGUUUUUGUACCUCUCUGGGCCCUCCUCUGCCUCUCCCUCGUCGCUGUUCUGUACACCAUUGUCUUUGCAGCAGUUCUCCUGAGAGCCCCCCAGGUCAAUGCUCGAGUCAGAAGGACUUCUCUCAACUCAGCUCUGGCUUACACAUUUCUCGUCGUUCCAAUACUAGUAUUUCAAGUCUUAUUAGCGAACAAAUUGGAUGGAGAUACUUCAUUCAACUAUACCACCGUAGCGGCGCCUCUUCUUCUCUCACAUGUGACGCUCAUAUUGAUGUCAUUCGGUGCCAAAGGUGGAAAUAGAUGGUGGUUCGGACUGCGAAAGGACUUUUGCCAUUUCCUCCUGGGUCUCUGUCCCCUGCUCCAAGAAUACGGCAAUAUCUCUUAUCAAUCACGGACAGACCGAGAUCAGCCUCCAUCCGAGCCAAUGGUAUCCGAAAAAAACGAAAAACACAUUAAGAAGAUCGAUCUAAUGAAGCCAGUUGUGCCUAUCGUAUCCAUAGACCUACCAGAUUGAUAUUUUAAAUGACUUCUCUCUCCAUCUCAGCGAUAAAAAAUUCUGUCGAGUCGCACAACGCCGUGACAGGCUCUACUCCAUAGAUUCAUCAGUUUGAUGAUUGAUUGGUGAUAUCUAAAGACAGACUGAUUGAUGUAUUCAAUAAAACAGCACGAAUCAAUAAUGACAUCGAUGCAGGUAUCGAGAGGGUCUUGAAGACUCAAUACUUAUGUUUAAUUUGUCUCGUGGUUUUACUGGGGCUCUGCAUGAAGUAUUUUCAUCUUUGCGUACAAAUAUUCUGCUGAAGAUGCCGCUGAUGAGGUCAUUCGUUCAAUUUUGAUUGGGAAAAUGAGAAAACAAAUUUUUAAAUGAAGAUUGUUGUCAGUUUCAGUGUUUUUACUUGAGUUUAUUUGUGAAAAUAUGAAUUGAAGAUAAAUAAUCGAAAUUAACGAUUUAUAAUUAAUUUAUAAAUUGUGGAAGUGGCUUCAUCAAUUUUUUAAGUCAUCUAUUCAAAAUACAAUAGAAAAAAAUCUUUGUAUGUGAAUGAGUUGAUGAAAGAAUAUAAAAAAACAUUCGAUUCCAUAAUGCAAAAUGUGUAAAAAAUUCAAUCAUUCAUUAUGUACUUAAAUUGCAAAAUUUUGUUUAAUUUUCACCUAAAUAAAUAUUUUUUAAAAAACGUUGGGAAUUCCAAGAAAUGCAAGUGGAACGUGAAAUGAAGCGAUUGCUAAAAGUCUAUGGCUCCAGUGAAAAUUAAUCAUUCGUAGCAGAUAAUAAUUAACAUUGAGUAUGCACGGUAAUAAUGCAAUUCGACAAACACUAUUAGAAAGGCGAAUAAUAUAGCUGGCACACUAUAUAUAUUUUUUAUAAUUUUUCAUCCAUCAGAAGACACGAAAUACUAUAAAUAUUUAACGUGCAUCAUUAGGCCUGGUAUCAAAACGGCCUAUGUGGGGGUACGUGAGAGAUUGAAGGCUCCAUCAAAGAAAAAUAUGUAAAUCGAGUUUUCUUCUCACUUUCUUACAUUAAAAGUCAAUGCGUAAGCUCAUUAAUAUAACGAGCAGAAUCUCCAAUGUUGAGAAGAAAAAUCCUGAUGACAAAAUGUGCAAAUAAAAAUUUAAUUCGAUCGAUAAAUUAUUGCGUCAUGAGAACGCUGGGAAACUGUUAUUUCAAAUAACUUUAAAAGUUUUAAACAUAACAAAAUUAACGUAAUAUCCUGCCUUUUUUUACUAAAAAUUAUACCUCGACAUUUCUAAAGUGUAACCGAAUGAAUAGCCCGGGGAGUAAUGCAGAAUUAAAAAAUUAAAAAAUACAUGUCCAUAUUUAUUGUUAAAAAUAGUGUUUCAUAAUUUUUUUGAGUGAAAAAAUUUCAUGCAGCAGCCCCACUUCAGGGUAGGCGUCAUGAUGAUGUCCUACCUCAUUCAACAAAGAAAAACGUGAAAAACAUUGGAAUAGGGCACCUGUGACAAUUAAUUAAUAGUUAUGUUGAUUUAACAAAUUCGUUUAUCUUCGAAUAAUUAUAUUACUGUGGAAUCCGCUGUCCUCCAUCUCUACUCAUUGAUUAAUUAGGUAAUGAGGUCUGAUAAAUUGGACGUUUGAUUGAAGCUUUACUAAUAUAAAAGAACAGACUAAGCUGGUAUUAAAUAUUGAGUUAUCAACGUAUUCCAAUGUCUGUUAAUUAAUUUUUCUACUUGUCAAUGUUUUUUACACUUCUGAGGCUUCGCAUGACAUGGAACAUUUAAAUAUAAUUUGAGUUAUGGUCGUGGACAA